ACUGCGGUGCAGCUGCGUACAACGCAGAAAAACGUGCCAGUACCGCCGGGGCAACGACCCCGAAGGCUAGUUCGGCAACACCCGACUGUCUCGAACGAUUGCCCUACUCGGUAGUUACUACUCUUCACCACCGCAAAUACGAUCCAGUAACGACCUUUCAGUUCAUAACGCCACCAUGAGUGACAUAACCCAGAAUCCUUUUGCUUCCACACAUUCUCUCGACACGAAUCCUUUCGAUGACCCCAUUCCGCAGCAAACGGUGAAUUCUGCACACCUCGAAGAACUGAGCAGACGAGAACGCGACUUGGAAAGACGAGAGCAGGAACUGAAUCAAAGAGCCGAACACGUCAGAGUUCACGGCCGAAACAACUGGCCACCAUUUUAUCCCCUCAUAUUCCAUUCAAUCCAGGAAGAAAUUCCAGAAGCGUCAAAACCAUUGAUAACUCGUCUCUAUCAAUUAUGGCUGGUCCUCAUGGGAACGCUCGUCAUCAACAUGGUAGCUUGUAUCUUCCUUCUCACUUCCGGUUCAAGUGAUGGAGGUAAGGACUUGGGGGCGAGCAUAGGGUACAUGUUCGUAAUCGCUCCACUGUCUUUCUUGUUGUGGUAUAGACCAAUAUACAAUGGAUAUAUGAAGGAGCAAGCCUUAUAUUAUUACCUCUAUUUCUUCUUCGGUGGCUGGCAUCUUUUAUUCAGUAUUUAUAUGAUUAUUGGCAUCCCCAGCACUGGCUCUGCAGGGUUGAUACAAACAAUCCAGAUGUUCUCAGGAGGGCAUAUUGCUGCAGGCGUUCUCGGCUUGAUCGCUACAAUCGGUUGGGUAUUACAAGGAGCAGGCAGCGGUUUUUACUAUCGUCAGAUUUGGUCUCACCACAAUGCUGCCGGGCAUACCAUGGAACAGGCAAAGACUGAGCUGGCUUCUCAUGGCGCCAAAGCGUAUUUCACGCGAGGCUGAAAAUGAUGUUUGUUCGUACUACAGGAACAAUUUCGUGUGCUUAAUGUACAGUGUUAGUGAUGCUGUAACCAAUAAUGACCACGUAUAACAUGUAAUACGCUGCGUCGCGAUGAACAAUAGAAAACUGUUAGUGGCACUCCUGUGACACCCGACAUUAUG